UCAUCACCGACCAUGCCGCGAGGAAUCCCAAAUGCAAAGCGCGAUGAGACUGGCAUGAAAUACACCACAUUUCAUGUCCCUCUUGCGCCAAAUCCCAAGUACUCCAGCUCGACAUACCUCAAGUCGGACGCGAACACACUAUGGUAUAGGAACGCACGGAAUGCGAAGCCUGCGGUGAACGGGCAUACCCCGGAGCAGCGGCGCGGGCAGCAGACGCUCGUCAUCCAUCCCGGAAGCGCAAACUUUCGCAUCGGCCGCGCGUCGGACCCCGCCCCAGUCGUCGUGCCGGCCAUCGUCGCGCGCAAGACCAGCGCCCCCGCUCCCCCUCUGCGCGCGCGCAAUCGCGUACGCCAGCCGGCGGACCCAGAUGAGCCCCCAUCUCCUGACAGCUCCGACCCUACGUUGCGCGAACUGGCCGCCAUCCGGUCCACCCUCGAUAAGUACUUGAACUACCUCGGACUGCGUCGAGACCCCGACGGCGUACAGACAGCCAGAGAGUAUGCCGCGAAGCACAUACCAACACUGCUCCCACCCGCAGAGGACGUAUGGAUAUCCGAGUGUGAUCGGCCAUACCUGAUAGGGGAUGAGGUCUACCGGCUAGUAGACCCUCCUGCCAUGGGCUACAUUGUUAGGUGCCCAAUACACGGCCAGAACUUUGAGGCCGCGGACUACACCUCCCUCCAAGCCGUACUGAACGACAUCGAGGUCAUCAUACGAGAAACGCUGCGAUCGUCAUUCGAGAUCCUUCCGCGCGACUACUAUAACCAUAGCGUCGUGCUCGUCAUCCCCGACUUCUAUGAGCCGUCCUACGUGCGCGAUUUCGUGCACCUUCUGCUUGUUCAGAUGGGCUUCAAGCAAAUUUGUGUGCAGCAGGAAUCGUUGGCUGCAACAUACGGCGCAGGAGCGUCUACUGCUUGCGUCGUCAACUUUGGCGCUGCUAAGACGAGCAUCGCCUGCGUGGACGAGGGCAUCAUCAUCCCAGACACCAGAAUAGUCCUGGACAUCGGCGGAGACGACAUCACAGAGUGGCUGUACUUCAUCCUCCACCGACAGAAGCUUUUCCCUGACCCUGAAUGCGACCUGGCGCGCUUAUACGAUUGGCGGGCUGUGGUGUACGCUUCAGAGCACCUGACGACCCUGAAGGAGCAAUCUGUUGGCAUCAGGUCAACCGUGCUGCCAGUGCGCAGGCCUGGGCAGCCAGCCGUGAAGUACUAUGUGACGGCAUACGAUGCGCAGAUCCUUGCGCCCAUGUUGUACUUCUACGAGUUCGCACGUAUUCUCAGAUGCGAACCGUAUGCGCCGGCGUACUAUCGGCCUGACACGACCGAGGAAAUCAUCGAGCCGCCGAUUGAGCAGGUGACGGAGACGAUGAAGAAGGUGACUGCACACCUCAUGCCGGAGGCAUCUACGCAACUUCCACUCACGGUGCCGCUGACCAUGCCCGGGAGUGCCGCGGGCAGCAAAGGUCCCUCGACACCCUCUCAAGUCGAUCCCGGGUCGAAAGCUACCACCACAUCGGCGUCGCCCGUAGAUGAUUCUCCUAUGGACGUCGAUGGGCAGGACGCGCAAGCAGCAGCACCUGCAGCUCCACCGACGCAGCAGACCACCGAAACACAGCAAACCAUCGAAGCUCGGAAACCCCUCGACAUCUUCUAUGAGGCGAGCAAGACCCCACUAGACGCUGCGCUCUUCAAUAGCAUCCGCAUCGCGGGCGAGGACAGGAUUUCAAAGUAUCUGACCUCUAUCAUCAUUACUGGCGGCCCGACAAGGACCAGGUACAUGGCAGAGGCGUUGAUGAGUAGACUGCAAUCCGCCGCGCGUACCGUCAUGGGGGACGACACCCUCCGUGCGUCCACGGUCCCGAUGGCAAACGACGUGGACAGGACUGCGCUCGUUUGGAAGGGCGCCGCGGUCCUGGGGAAGAUGGAGGGGGUGUCGGAGCUGUGGGUUACGCCUGCGGAUUGGGACUUAUUGGGCAUGCGGGGCUUGAAGGAGCGCUGCUUCUAUCUGUGAUGUGGCGACCCAUCGAGUCGAUCCAAGGAUGAUGUUCGAAGGCCAUAUACCCUCGUCUAUGUGUACCUGUAACCUAUGAUCGCUAUGGGUUAUGCUGCUGGGUGUUACGGCUGAUUGUGCAUCUAGAGAUCCCCACACUGAGCAAUCGACCAGUCGAUUUCAGAGGAGGGUUACUAUACGAACAACAUCUGCGUAUCUCGAGAAUGCCGAAGUGCAUGAACGUCGUAGCAAUAUGUCUCGAUAGGUCCGAGAGCGACCAGUCUCCUGGAAGAUCCGUCUCCAACCACUCGAUCCUUGCCAAAUUCUUUCCUUCAUACGUGUCCUCCGUCGAUCUCGACCGGAGCAGCGCCUCCACCAGGUCAAUCCUGUCGCAUACUAUGCCCUCCGACAUCCUCCACAGCAAACCCAGACGCCUCAGCCGAGGAAGUCGGUUCAUC